AUGACAUCCGAUGGACCAAAUAUUAAGAGGGUUUCAUCAGAUCAUGGAUUGGAGUCUAUAACACUCAGGUCGGAUGUUGCAGCCAGAUAUAUCUUUUUGAACGAAGCAUUACUUAGUGCAACAGGAUUUAUAAAGCAGGAUAACCUUGACAAGUGGAGGCUUAGCUUGAAGGAGGUGCUUGUUGAUGAAAAAAUCAAAGAUGAAACGCGUUAUCUUGGGAAAUGGGUGUCCGAAUUAGAAAAGGAAAUUGUCACAAUCAAAAAGGAAGAGACCCAUAACCCAGAGGAGUUUAAAGAUAUGGCAUAUUUGGAGAAUGCAAUAAAGCUUCUAGAAAAAGAGUUUUUAAACCCACAGGACCACGAGCUUAGAGCCAGUAAUAACACAAUACUUAAGGAUUACUGCAAGAAGUUCAAUAGGAGUAUUUAUGAGGUGGGCGGUGGCAUGAGCUUGCCGGAGGACAAUUAUGAGAAUGAAAGUGGAGAUGAGAAAACCAAUGAAGAAGAAACUAGUAGUGACACGAACGACGAUGAGGGCGAUGACGAUAAUGGCUCCAAUGAAAUUGGUCUAGGAACUACAUACUACCGGGUACAAAAGAGACUUCGAAUAAAAGGUGUGGAGUAUGAGAAGGGGACAUACAAAAAAAGACACGUGGAAAAGAAACCUGUGACAGAAGAUGACAAGGUGAGUAAUGAAAAAGAAGAAGAAUCCAAGAAUGAGGAAGUAGAAGAAUCUAAGAAUGAGGAAAAGGAAGAAACAAUUCAUGCGGAAAAAGAAGAACCAAAACAUGAGAAGAUAGCUGAAAAUAAUGUUAAAGAAAUUGAGGAGACACAACCCCUCAAGCAACCCCAGGCAAGCUCACCAGCAACUGAGGAAGAUCCAGACUCAACCCAGGUUCUAUCAUCAACACCACAAACUUUGCAAUAA